AUGAGGUUAUACCGUCUCAGUGCAAACAGGAAUGCACUGAUUAGCGAGUCGGGAAGAUGGGAAAACGGGGAGUGGCAGUGGGAGUUGAGGUGGAGGCGAGAGUUGUUUGAGAGAGAAAGAGUCGGGGCAAAUGAACUGCUAUCUGCUAUUUCUCUGGUUUCUCUUAAAGCAGAAAUGGACGACGGUUGGCAGUGGAAAGCAGAUAAAAACAGCAUCUUUUCAGCAAAAUCGGCGUACUCGAUCAUUAGUGAGGUCAAGAAAGAAGCGGUAGCAGAGAACGAGUCCAAGGAGAGCCUUGCGAAGGUGUGGAGGGCUCCAGCCCCACAUAAGGCGAGAACUACAGCAUGGAGAAUAUUGAGAAAUAGACUACCUACCUGUGAUAACCUCCUCAGAAGAAAUAUCCCGUUGCAAGUGGCUGAUCGGGGUUGCAACGCGUGCUUUCAUCAACAGGAGUCUAUUAAUCACUUGCUUCUUCAUUGUCCAAAGACUCGAAAGCUUUGGGACGAAGUUUAUAAGUGGUUGGGCAUCUGUUUUGUGCAGCCACUUGAUGUGGUUUCACACUUUCGUUUGUUCACAGAAUGGAGUAGACGGAAAGAGAGCAGGAAGUUCCUUAGGGCGCUAUGGUGCUGCAUUAACUGGGUUCUCUGGAGGUGCCGAAAUUUAAGCCGAUUUGAAGAUAAAGUCUGGGAAAUAAAUGACGUGGUUUUGGAGAUUAAAGCAAAAAUGUGGAGUUGGGGUAGAGUCUUUGGAAUGUCAGACGUUGGGUCUCGCUUUAUGGACUGGAUCUCUAGAGAUUCAUGCCCUUUGCUUCUGUAA